AUGAUGAAGCUCAAGUCAAACCAGACUCGGACUUAUGACGGGGACGGGUUCAAGAAGCGGGCCGCCUGCCUGUGCUUCAGAAGCGAGAGCGAAGAGGAGGUGCUUCUGGUGAGCAGCAGUCGGCAUCCUGAUAAAUGGAUAGUUCCUGGAGGAGGAAUGGAGCCAGAAGAGGAGCCCAAUGUUGCUGCAGCUCGAGAAGUUUGUGAAGAGGCUGGAGUGAAGGGGACGUUAGGACGUUUAGUUGGAGUAUUUGAGAAUCUCGAGAGGAAGCACAGAACUUAUGUGUAUGUGCUGAUUGUAACAGAAGUGCUGGAGGACUGGGAGGAUUCCGUCAAUAUUGGUAGAAAAAGGGAAUGGUUUAAAGUAGACGAUGCCAUACAAGUGUUGCAAUGUCACAAGCCUGUGCAGGCCACCUACUUGGAAGCACUUCAAGGGAGCUGCCUAACCACCAAUGGGACGCCUCUGGUGACCACGAUAGGUAGCGACUUGUCCCCUACCUACAGCAUCAAUCAGAGCUCCGUGUCGGGUAUCAGAUAA